CAACCACGAACAAACUCCCGAGUCAUGCCAAACAAAUGUGUCAUGGUCGACAUAUUAAUUAAUUUACCUGAAAUGAAAAAGAAAUUUUCUCAGUGCCCUCUCUCCUUUAUAAUCUCAAUUACAUAAUCUCAGAUUUCUCACUUUGCCUCACUCAAACAGUCCGUUACCAUGACCACCAUGAAUCUACUCAUCUUCUCUGUUCUUUUGCUCAGCUCACUUGCUGUCUCAACAAUGGCUUUGGAAGUCUGUGUGAAAGCAGCUGUUGGUGCUCCUGAUCACCUGGGUGACUGUCCUUUCAGUCAAAGGGUUCUUCUUACUUUAGAAGAGAAGAAAAUUCCAUACCAGAUGCAUUUGAUUGACCUUUCUAAUAAACCCAAAUGGUUCUUGGAGAUUAAUCCAGGAGGUAAGGUACCAGUAGUCAAAUUUGAUGGUAAAUGGGUACCUGAUUCUGAUGUUAUUACUCAGAUUCUUGAGAAAAAGUACCGAAAACCAUCUCUUGUAACUCCGCCUCAAUAUGCCUCAGUAGGAUCGAAGAUAUUCGGAUCUUUUGUUACCUUCUUGAAGAGUAAGAAUGCUACUGAUGGUUCAGAGCAGGCAUUGAUGUCUGAAUUGACUGUGUUGGAUAAGCACCUUAAUGCUCAUGGUCCUUAUGUCAGCGGAGAGGAGAUUUCUGCUGUUGAUUUGAGUUUAGCACCUAAGCUUUACCACCUUGAUGUCGCUCUUGGGCAUUUCAAGAAAUGGAAUGUUCCAAGAAAUUUGACUCAUGUCAAAAAAUACAUGAAGUUACUGUUCUCCCGAGAGUCAUUCGUCAAAACUGCAGCAAAGAAGAAGUACCUCAUUGCAGCAUGGGCACCCAAGGUCAAUCCUUGAAGAAGAAGAUUGUUGUUGUCAGUUUCAAGCCUUUGGGAGUGUAUGAAUCUGAUGCAAUCUGUUAUGUUGUACGGCAGUUUUAAACAGUUGAACUAGAAUAGAAAGUUAACCAGUCAUGUCCUGGUAAUCCAAACUCCAACAGAAUAUCCGUCAUGUUGUAUAACAUUUAGCUUUGCCUAUACAGAGCUUUAAGUUCUCAUUGAAGAGCACAUAAGUUCAUGAUGUCAUCACCUCCAGGCUUAGAGCAAGGGCAAUUUGAUAGUGUUAGGUUGGCCAAUUUGGUGUUGAAAUUGGAUUUCCCAAACUCCAAAAGUUUGUUUGCUGCUCAAAAUGUACUAAGAAUUCAGAAUUUAAAUGGUAUGGUCCGAUCUUUAAUUAGUUUCUUAAUCAUUUGAUUCA